GGCUUUCAGAGCUGGCAGGGCAAUUCUGGGAGUUGGGGCUCGAGAAGUGGCGGGAGCUGCGGCUAUGGAAUCGCCUGAAGAGAAAGAGGCGCAGGUUGCUGCGUGGUUGAAAAAGAUAUUUGGAGAUCAUCCCAUUCCGCAGUAUGAGGUGAAUCCACGGACCACAGAGAUUUUACAUCACCUUGCAGAACGCAACAGGGUCAGGGACAGGGAUGUCCACCUGGUAAUAGAGGACUGGAAACAGAAAGCCAGUGAAUAUGAAUCAGAAGCCAAGCGUCUUCAAGACCUUCUCAUGGAGAGUGUGAAUUUUUCCCCUGCCAAUCUCUCUAGCACUGCAUCUAGGUAUCUGAAUGCUUUGGUUGACAGUGCAGUGGCCCUUGAAACAAAGGAUACCUCACUAACCAGUUUUCUCCCUGCAGUGAAUGAUUUGACCUCUGAUCUUUUUCGUACCAAAUCCAAAAAUGAAGAAAUCAAGCUUGAACUGACAAAAGUUGAAAAAAAUUUAACUGCAAGUUUAGUGUUAGAAAAACGUCUACGAGAGGAUCUCAAGAAGGCAGAGCUUCACCUGUCUGCGGAAAGGGCCAAGGCUGACCAUCGUCUCCAGAACAGGGACUUCCUGAAAGCGAAGUCAGAGGAGUUCAGAUUUGGAAUCAAAGCCGCAGAGGAGAAACUUUUAGCCCGAGGCAUGGAUGCUUCGUUGUCUCAUCAGUCACUGGUAGCGCUUUCAGAGAGACUAGAGGAACUAAAACAACAGACUAUACCUUUGAAGAAAAAAUUGGAGUCCUAUUUAGAUUUAAUGCCGAAUCCAUCUCUUGCUCAGGUGAAAAUUGAAGAAGCAAAGCGAGAACUAGACACCAUUGAAGCUGAACUUACAAAGAGAGUAGACAUGAUGGAACUGUGAACGGAGCCAAGUAAACUUUGUCUUCUCCAAUGAAGUAAAUUAAAUAGGACUUUAAAGAAUGUUUCCUUGCCGUGGUUGGUGUGGUUCGGUUGGGCAUUGUCCUGCAAACCGAAAGGUCUCCUAUUCAAUUCCCAGUCAGGACAUGUGCCUGGAUUGCUGGUUUGGUCCCUGGUCGGGGCCAUAUACGGAAGGCAACUGAUUGGUGUUUCUCACGUCAUUGUUUCUCUCACUCCCUUCCUCUCUCUCUGUUAAAAAAAAAGGAUUGUUUCCUCUUGGUAUUCCUUAAUAACUUAGUGUCUGUGUUCUUAGACAAGAUGAUGUCACUGUUGAUAGGAUAGUGGCUUCUGCUAUGUAUUGCAUUUUGUGCCCAAAUACAUAGUUUUCACAUUAAAAAUGUUGGUUUUCUA